AUGUCUUCCACAAAGCCCACUGUGCCUAUCGCACUCUCCGCCGAGGCAAUUGACGACCUCAUCUAUGAUGCCCGAGCUGGUGAUCUCGAGGCCUUGAACGCCGACAUCGCCGCCCUGGCCUCGCAGCACAGCUGCCCAGAGUGGCAAAUCGUAGCAUCUGCCAUCGACAUGGAAGAAGAAAGCGAAGGCGGCACCGGCUCUUGCGUGUUGCAUUUCCCUGCCGCAAAUGGAAACUCCGAAAUCCUCAAUGCUCUUCUUCAAAAACUUGUUGGUGCGGAUGCGGCGCAGAUUGCAGCUUUCGUGAAUCACCGUAACCACAAUGGUAACACGCCGCUGCACUGGGCUGCUCUGAACACGCAUCUGGAGUGUGUUAAGGCUCUUGUUGAGGCUGGCUCGGAUCUUGCUAUUAAGAAUGAUGCGGGUCACGAUGCUGUUUUCCUUGCCGAGCGGGCUGCGUGGUCUGCUUCUGCUGAGGAGGUCAAGGAGGAUGAGGAUGGGAACCAGGAGAUUGAGAUGACUAUUGGUGAGAGUGAGGAGGCUGAGGGUGGUGAGGGCCAGUCCAAUGGAGAGAUGUCUGCGGGCAGACAGGUUGUUGAGUGGCUGCUUAGCUCGGAGAAAGCGGCUGCGUUGGAGAGUGGUGCUAAUGAGGGACAAAGCUCGGCGUGA